AUGCGGUUCGAUAUUCUUGCGAUACUCCCUCUGGCUGCUAGCGCGGUCAACAUCAUCUCAUCCAAUGAUGACGGCUGGGCGGAAGUGAACAUCCGCGCUCUAUUCGAGUCCCUAGGAGCGGCAGACCAUUCAGUUGUGGUAUCUGCGCCCGCUGAGAAUCAGAGUGGCAAGGGGUCAAUGGAAGCAGAGCCAACUGUCUUGACUGAGCCAUGCGAGUUCAAUAGCUGCCCAUCUGGCAGCCCGGCCGUGGGAUUCAAUUCCUCAGAGCCCCGACUGGGUUAUGUCAAUAGCUACCCGGUGACAUCAAUCCAAUAUGGCAUCAAUACGCGUGCCCCUAAAUUCUUCAACGGCCCCCCUGACUUGGCUGUCACAGGUCCAAAUGUCGGCAAUAACAUUGGCCUCACAGUUUACUUCUCCGGAACAGUGGGCGCUGCCACCUACGCUGCGCAUGAUGGAAUCCCAGCUAUAGCUUUCUCCGGUGCUAGUGGCUCUCAGACUUCGUGGGAAAGCUCGCGGCCUCACUACAGUGAUGUCUACGCCGAUUUGGCAACCAACUUAACUAACCAGGUGGUUGCUGCUGGUAAACCAUACCUGCCGGACGAUGUCUGGCUGAACGUCAAUUUCGGAAAGGUUUCCGACGAAUGCACAAGCCCGGCCGAUUUCUCUUUCGUUCUGUCCCGCAUCCAUAUCGCAGUCCCAUUUCUUACUCCGAAUGAUGUGACCACGUGUGGCAAAUCGAGAUUGCCAAGCGAAGUUGAAGUAUCCCUAGCGUCUGGGUGCUAUGCAAGUGUCUCAGUGGGGAUAGCAGCUUCGAAGAACGAUGCCGACGCUGAGAUGCAGGGGAUUGUUUUGAAGAAGCUGGGGAAUUUCCUGACUUGUCUACCGUGA